AUAUCUCAAACAUUGCUUCGAUACUGAUCAAAACGAACCUUCACUUUAUCUAGAAGUGACCCAUCUCCUACAAAGUGCCAAUCACGACAAAGAUGCGCCUCCCGGUCUACAGCUUCUCCUUCCUGUUUCUCUUGCCAUCUCUCGCCAUCGCGACUCCCGACAUCACCAGUACCAAUGCCACGACAUGCAAGGAAGACCUCCACUACGUCGCGUUCACCCUCCAACGCUACCUUCUCGAUCCGAAAGAAGUCGGCGAUCCAGGCAAGGUCAAGGCCGGCUGUCGCGCAGGAGAUGAGUUGGGCGACGCGAUUGAUCGAGUGAUCAAUUUGAAAGGGGAAAAAUGUAUUGAAUCCCCAGACAAUAAAACAUUUGGUGCCAUUAGCAUGGUCGUGACUUCGGACCUGAGUAAGUUCUUCCUAUUGUGCCCAAUUGAUUCACCCUUUGUCUCUGGCCGCCGCUCGUGAUGGGGACAACUUGGCAAAAUGACUGACGUCUCGCGACCUUUACAGCCGGAUUGUGGUGCGGCAUGAGGUACCACUCAGGCUCUCGUUGCCAUGGGCGAGCUUUCCGUCCCAGACGCUCCGUAAGUCUUCUCACCUCGCAGAUUUCCGAUCAAGAAUUCAGCCAUGAUGCGGAAUGUGGGCUAAUCUCGAUCGACUGGGAUGUGUUUUUGCACCCCUCACACAGUCCAAUGAGGGUGAAUUCAGCGACUGCUUCUAUCGU